AUGCCUGAAUCACUCGACAAUUCGAAUCCUUCGGUCGCCCCUUUACGAAAUCCUCCUCGUUCCAAUACUCGGUUGUCCCCGCGUGCGAUGAGCGGCGUCACAAAACACCCACUGCGCAAAUCUUGUGGAUUCUGUCGGUCCAGGAAGAUCAAAUGUUCCAACGAGAAAAUCUGCGAAGCCUGUCGGAAACAGCAAGUUGAGUGUAUCUACGAUGUUCAGCCAGUGUCGCGCGCUCUGCAAAACGAUCAGAUACCUCCUUCGCACCCCGCAGAUCAUCAACCGGUGCUCCUAACACAUCCGGAUGCCAAUUCCACUGGCUCCACCAGCUCUAUUCGCAGCCCUGGCCAUAAUACCCCUUCGACCAUUGCCUCCGAACUAGAAUCAAUCUUUGUCGACAACUUCAGUUCUAGGAAUGACCAGGACAAUGAAGCGACUGAUAAUCCAUGGCAUCGGAAGAUCAGUACAUUCUAUCAGCGUGUCCCACAGCCGGAGGGAAACAAGACAACCUCAUCCCAGUCAAGCCGACAACCUGAUGUUUUUUCGAUCAUCGUGAAAGAACUCGUUGCCCUAGUGGUUUCCAAAUUCGGUCAUUUAGGGUGCAAUCUCGUGUAUAAUCAUGAAGGCCACUUUUUGAUGAAAGCGUUCCGAGCGGACCAUACCACGACUAUGUUCGACGAGUCGCGGCCAGCAUCAAACCCAUUGGCCGAAUUUGAGACGCGGAAAAUAAUGCAACUCAUUGAUAUCUGGUUUUCGACGCACCAAUUGUCAUUUAUUCUUUCGAAGACGCUGGUGAUGUACGAGCUACGCCGCGAAACGCUGGAUGAGACCCUUCUCGCCACCAUCAUGGGCGAUGCUCUUAUUCUGACGGGGGAUGAGGAGCAAGGGCAAAGAUGCUUGCGAUGGGCGGCAGAUCGACUUUGGAAGCAUCCGUAUUCCAAAAAUAAUGCGUCGGCAGAGACAGAGGAAUCUCCAAGAGCCCGCGCAUCGUCUGUUUCGCCUCCUGAUAUAUGCAUAGCUCAAACCCUCAUGCUCUUAGGGUGGCAUGCCCUUUGUCGCUCACAAAUUCGACGAGCGUUAUGUCACAUUGGCCUUGCAUGUCGUAUAACGAAAAGGCUGCGAGAGUGUAAAUGGUCUACCGCCACAACUAGUUCUGGGAGCCGUAUCAAUGGCGUCGAGGUGCGCGAAGUCGAGAGAGAGAUAGUAGCUUAUCUCUGGUGGAUCACCUUCAUCAUUUUCCAGUGGCUGUUUAUCCAGAUGGAUGAGAAACUGCCAUAUCUGCCCCGCACCAGCUUGUCAUCAGUGUUUCUUCCCGUUGAUCCGGCCUCGUCAGCGCUGAUUUGUCUCGAUGAGGCCUCAGACCACAUAUCCACUCUGCAUCGACAGAAGGUUGCCAUGGUUGAUAUUUGGCCUGUCGCCCACGUUUGUUCGAUCGUAGCAUACGUGUACGACCUGUAUCCCGAGGAUGCCGAGACCGGGGCCGAUGAGCCAUCGGCGGCAAUUUUGUGGCAAGAAGCUGCUCUGUCUGCGCUGGGUCGCAUACAAGAAAACUUGAAACCACAGGGCCUUGAUGUAGUGUGUCAUGAAGUUCAUCAAGUACUUAUCGAUAAUGUCUCUAUCAUGGGUUCGAAAUUGAAGCAUGACCCAUCAAGGACAUUCGUAUUGACGGUGUACCACUCCAUGGCUAUUCAUGUCCUCUUUCCGCAUACGAGAAAGACAGGACGUACCGCGGAAACUCCUAACCUAACCAGGGAAGUUAUCGAGGCUUUUUGUUUCUCUGCCAAGGAGCUCAUCAAAAUCAUCACAUGUGUGCUUGAACCUCUGGAUGCAGAACCUUGGUCUCACGUUGCUUCGCAACUACACCCGUACUCACCUGAUACAUUCACACUCGCACUGGAUACCUGCUGCAGAGCCAUGGAGACGGUAUGCGCAGGCAGAACUUCAAAAUCGCAGAGUAUUUCUCCUGAUAUGUGGCAAUCAUACGAGCCCCAGCUUCGUUCUAUUGCCACCAACUUGUAUGAACUCGGCCAAGUGCAGAAUUUCAGCACUGGGCCAUCUUGCCGCGCGACAAGGAAACAGGUAGAGGCCGUCGCACGACAAUUUGGGGUUGGACCGCACCCCUGCAGUUGUACUACCCAAUACCAAGUAGAUGAAGACCCACAAGGGCUGUGUUCAGUCCCUGUAUUGGAACUGAACCAUGCCACUGCAAGUGAUGGGUCAAACAGGAUGGCAACGAUGCCGCCGAAUUAUUCGACCUUGAACUUGUCCUCGCUCUCUGAUAUAUCUAUGGGCAGUCAAAUUGCCCCUGUGAAUGAUAAUGCGAUGCCGCCGGCAGAUGGCAUACUUUCAAACCUCGGAAAUUUUCAAAAUCACCAACAUCAUUCAGUCCCAUCCAAGCAGCUCAACUCGCAAGUGGAAAACUUGGACGAAUGGGGCAGAAGCCCAGGAUAUUAUGACGACCAAAACGGGAUGAUUUUCAACCCCUUGGUAAUAGAUCAGACCUGGCCGAUGCUGCGGCAAGGAUUAUGA